AAUAAUCGGGAUAUAGGCAUUCCUCUGUCACCCUCCGUCUGCUCAGCCGGUCCUAUUCCAGAGGAGCUAGCUGCGGUCCACUUACGACUUGCGAAUUUUCCUUCCGUUUGCUGCGAGACUAGCUCCUCUAUAAGCCGAGUUAGCCAGCACUUUGAUGUACCCACCAGUUUUCCACCUUCACUAACAGACAACGCGUUACCAACACAUGAUCACAUUAGAGUUGACCAUGAUCCGACAUUCCAAUUAGCCACGGAAAUCGAUGCGACUGCAGAGCGGGAAAAAAAAACUAAAAUAACAGCAGAUGAUAUCUUAAAAGUAAUCGACAUGAAUGAAGAUAAGGACAAGAGAAACAGAGGGAAAAAAUUUAUGGAAAUGAGAGGGAAAGGUCAGAUAAAGAGAAAUAUCACUUCUAUAGUGACCCCAGGUUGUCCUGGCCACAAGAUCUUUACUGCUCUGGAAAAUGAUGACAAGAUCAACCACGCGGAGAAUAUUAGCGCCCCAUCAUCUUUGUCAUCUUCUUGUGACGCCGUGGUACCCGCUAUUCUAUCAGUAGGCAAGGCACGAGUAUCUGCCCUUGUUCGCCAGAGAAACCAUCAAUCAGUUUGGAAUAAAGAGUCUACACGGGAGCAGGUGAGCUGA